GUCACCGCGCCAGGUCGGUGCGGCGUCGCUGUGGAAACGCGUUGCCAUGGAGACGGACGCGCGUUUCGCCAGGCCCUGCCGCCUCGCUGGAGUGUCUGUAGCUCCCUGUCCGUGUGUUUUAACUGUGUGUGUGUGUGUGUGUGUGUGUGGAUUCUGUUUACUCUCGCGUCAGUCACACACCGACUGUACCGUUUAGCGAGGGUCACGCGAACGGUGACGUCAUUGGUCGCGAGCUUCAUUCUCGGCAGGGCUUCUGAGCUUCAGAGUGUGACGUCACAAUACUGCCUCACCAUAAUGGAGCCUCAGGUUUAAUCAUCUGGAGAGAAGAGCAGGAGGAGGGAGAGAUUGAGAGAGUCACCAUCUCCCUCAGUAAUGGAGGCUGAAGAGGACAAGAUCACGGAGAAGCUGAGGCUCCAGUUCCAGACCCUGCAGGAACAGGAGGCGCAGCGUCUUCACAAGUGGCUGGCGAGGCAAAAGGACGAGACAAGCUCGGACGGUCUGGACCUGUCUGAGGACGAGGGGGACUCGGGGCUAGAGCCGUCUACCUCCAGCUCCAGACUGUUAAGGAAGGAGAACGAUCAGCUCCAGGAGAGGGUCAGGGAGCUGCAGGAUGAGAACGGACGCCUCCAUAAACUCGUGAGUGAGAAGGAGUUUGAGAUGAAGUACCUGAAGAAGAAGAGAGAGGAGGACAGACUGGCGUUAGUGGGCACAGCGGGACUGGCAGGAGAUGCAGCAGCAACCAAGAUCGUGGAGCUUUCGAAAAAGAACCGUGAACUCACAGCGGAGAUGGAGAGAGAAAAAGCCAAGUGCAAACAUCUGAACAACAGAGUGAGAGAGCUGGAGAGGGAGAUGCAAGAUACAGCACCAAUCAGUAAUGGAGUGCAAGCGGACAACAAACUGGAACUAACGAGCUCACAGCAAGAGGCCACUCCGUUGGUAAAAUCUCUCCAGGAGAAGCUGAACACGGCCCAGUUUAAGAUGAGUGAAUACCGCAACCAGAUCCAGGCUCUGAGACAGGAGCUGAAGGUCUCACACAAGGUUCUGAGCAGUGAGGUUGGGGAAGAUGUGAAUGUUCAGCAGAUCCUCAGUACUCCAGGAAGCUGGAGAGGACGAGCGCAGCAGAUCCUGGCCUUGCAGAGCAGAGUGAGAGAUCUGGAACAGCAGCUGAGCUCGGCGUCCAGCAAAAAGCAGCCAGAGGAGUUCAGCUCAGAGCAGGGCAUGCUGGGAAACAGAGUCCCACAGAGGAACCAGGACAAGAACCAGAGCUACAUCCGCAACCUGGAAAGAGACAGGAAGGAGGCGCUGGAGAAGCUGAGUGUGGAGUACGAGCUCCUUCUGAGUGAACACAGUGAGGUGAAGAAGAAGCUAGAGAGCAGCAAGGCGAGGAACCACAUCCUGAGUUCCGAGCUUAAAACCCUCAAAACUCAAAUGUCUACGCUGAUCGAGAAGGGUCGGCAUGACAACGAGUUCAUCGAUGAACUGCUGAAGCAGCAGGCCCAGCUGCAGGCCGUGCUGGGUCGUCUGGGUCAGAACGCAGGCCAGCGCAAUAAUGCAGAGCAGAAGCGGGACAUACAGGAGGCUCUGAGACACAACGACCUGAUUGCACAGCUCAAACUGAUGGUGAAGGAGAAGGAUGAGAAAGUUCAGGAGCUCGAGCAGGAGAUCCAGCAGCUCACACUCAAAAAACAGGAGGUUAGAGAGACAGAGGUGAGGAUGAGCGACGCCCACCUGAUGGUCAAAGAGGAAGGAGACAGAAGGUCCAGUUCAGCCAGGUCAGUAUCGAAACUGGGACACAAACUUGUGGAGUCGGCCCCUACACUUUCUCCUGGAAACUCAUCUGAUCUCAGGGAACGGGCGGAGACAGCGUGCCCUGCGUGUGCUGCUCUGCUGGUCCAGUGCUCCGAGUUUAAGGCGCUGUGUCAGGCAGCCAGUGUGGAGAGAGACCGACUGCUGGAGCUCGCUCAGCUUCAGCACAGGAGAGAAGGUGAGGCGGUGCAAAAGUGUGUGGAAGCCGAGCAGAAGCUUCAGGACGAGCGCCGCCGCUGUGUGCUUCUGGAACAGAAGCUGGAGAGACUGAAGCUGGAGACAGAGAAAGCACAAAGAGUCAAACGCAGCAGGACAGGUAGUGUAAAUCUACACGAGAAACAGGAAGGUCAUUCUCCCAGGAGCGUCGUAGAGUCGACACAUGACACUCGCCUCAGUGAGCUCAGUACACGACUUACUGUCCAGCAGGAGGAGCUGGUGACCCUGAGGGAAUCUCUAAAACAAGCUAUGCAGGAUAAAGAGGAAGACCUGCAGCUCUACUGCACCAUGAUCAGCCAGGUCAAGCAAGUCUUCCUGCAGGCUCUCCGGCAGUACAAACAGACUUCCAAACAGCAAACGUAGCAGAUCUGGACUAUAUUAAGUAAAAUGCAACAAUCAGAUCUACUGGUUGACUAGAUAUAAACCUGUGAGAUGUAAGCUCACUAGAUCUUCACCCAUUUUUUUUUAGCAAAAUAUGAGCUAUUCUUCUCAGGUCUCAGGUUUCAUAUUUUAGAUCCUCAUGGUAGCCUUCUCAAAUUAGUCUCCAAGGUCCAGCCCCAAGACCUGAGAGCUUGGCUUGCAGACCACAGACCCCCUACUUCAAGGACCAAAACUUCAAAUAAUCUUGUUUUGUCGAAUAUUGGCCUUCACGCUCAAGAUACAAGCAGAUCAAAAACCAAAUGUUCUAGCCUACAGACACCAUGUCAUCCUACUUCCAUAUUAUCUUAGAUACCAUAUAUUCUACAUAUCAAUCCUGGGUAAUGCCAUCACUGUCAUCUUUAUCUUUAAAUCAGAUGUUGUAGACCUAAUUUCCCAGACAAUAACUUCAACACUUUCCCCUAGAUAAGGUGGCCCUAUUCCAGUGACCAGAACACACAUGUCAGUCUCCACACCCUGGCUUUCAUCUUCCCGAUCGUGGCCACCCCUUUUCUUAACCCAAAUUUUACAGAUGGGCGAACAUCUGUCCUUCUCUGUAUGGAAGCUGAUAGUCCUAAUAGAUCCUGCGCUAACCUUCAGGAGUCUGUGCUAAUCACGAUUAAAUAGUUGAUCAGACGUCAAGAUGUGAGCCAGUACGAGCUACAGGGAAAAUCCACAGCUUUUGUUUUUAUUAGGUCGGCUAAGCAAGGCAGGCUGAAAAGAUAGAUGCUCGUUUGUUUCUCCUGAGUUUCUCCUAACUGGAAUAAAAAUAAAUAUUUUAUGUAUAAGUGUAAUGCGAUGGAUUGCUCAGUAGAUCCCACUUGACAGAAUGAAAAGAAAAAGAAAACGUCCCCAUGUAUAAAUCAAAAUAAUAUUUACAUUUUUAUAAAUAUUUUUACACCUCACUGGCCGUGUCUUUUCUGACGCACUUUGCGGAUCAUCAGCGUUUGGCUCCUGCGCGCUGUAAAUCAGAAGGACAAACAAAACUCUAUAAAAAAAAAAAUUAAGAAAACAUCCUGGCUUUUCCCGUCCAGUGGAGACGCUGCGGUCCCUGGGCUUGGUUUUGCCAGCUCACGCUGUCCUCGUGAAGAUGUUUAGAGUGUGUUUUACACUCCUGACACUCCAGGGACCAGUACAGACUCGUAGAUUCUCCGCCUUCACGCACACUCAGGCUGCUUCCCUCCCCGUGGAGCCACCGCGCCUAAUUAAAGUUCAUCGUCAAGCGCCUUGAUUUUUUUUUCAUCUUCCCAGAACCCGGAGAGACUUCGGCGUGAAAACACCUAAAAAGAACGGGCCUCUUAUUCAACUGCGGCCCACAGAAAGCUGCCUGUAUAGUGGAAGUGUGUGCGUAGCGUGGUGAAGUGCUGAGUGACGUUUUUCUGGCCUGGAGGUGAUCGGUGCGCCUUCGACCCUGGAGCUUCACUCCCCGCCGUAAGCAAUCAGCCGUCGGUUCUCAUUAGCAGCAAUCCGUCUCUCUUUAGGACGACUACACUCGGCCGAGUGGCACCGCGACGUUUCAGCUCCUUUAUGUGUUUACACAGGAAACAAGACAAGGCUUUGUACAAGCAGCCAAGGUAAAAAUACACAUGGCUUGGGCUGACGAUUAACAAUGUCUGGCAGUCGCUAUGGCUAGCGCAACUAUUACUGCAGCUACAUGGUCACUAGAGAUGGGAAAAAAAUCUAUUCAGUUAUGAAUCAUGAUACUUUUGUAUCUCCACAUUGACCCAAAAAUCGUGUUUUUUUUAGCACUUACAUUACCUGUAGAGAUGCCGCCAGUGACUGGAAUUGACUACUUUCGAGUUCGAUCACUGAAAAUCGAACUGGAUAUAACUGGAUCCAAUGGAUAUAACCGACGCUGAGCUUCUGAGUUGUGCCACAGGAACACAUUUUUAUGGCUUUACAUAAUCAAAGGUUGCACGUGAUAAAAAGCCUCCGAUCAUCUUUGUUUCUGUAAACUCUGCAUGUUAAUAAGUCUUGAAAUUUACGGCAGCUCGAAGCGUCCUUAAGACUCGGUAAAUGGUGGUACAAUGUUGUUGUUUCUUCAUGAUCUUAAAGGUGACAUUUUAAAACUAUUCCCACACUGGCAUCCCGUGUGAUAGGGUUGGAUUAUUUGCUAAGUUUGUUUAGAAAUAAUAAUUAGAGUAGCGGUUAGCACUGUCUUCUUGCACCUCCGGGGUCGAGGGUUUAAUUCCCACCUUGUGUGUGUGUGUGUGUGUG